AUGGCUUCUACUGACAAGACCGUUGUCCUCAUCACUGGCGCAAACACCGGCAUCGGCUUCGAACUAACUAAACAACUCCUCUCCGACGCAUCCAAACACGUUCUCCUCGGUAGCCGCAGCGCCUUCAAAGGCUCAAAAGCCAUUCAAGACCUCCAAUCUCGAAAUCUACCAGGAACCCACAUCGAGGAAACCCAUGGCCACCUAGACGUCCUCGUUAACAACGCUGGAAUCUUCUCAUCUGGCGAUCCAGAUACCACAGAUAUCCAGUCCCUCGUCGACGCCUUUAUUACAAACGCCGCUGGUCCUUUCGCCACCGUAAAAGUUUUCGAACCGCUUUUCUCUCUCGUUUUCGCGAGCACCCCACGCAUCAUCAACAUAUCCUCAGCCCUCGGUUCCAUCUCCACACGCCUCGAUAAAUCGAGUCCCAUCUACGCCUUCAAAUCGUACGCCUACCGCUUGAGUAAAGCGGCGCUUAACAUGGCGACUGCGGCUCAGCAUGCAAAAUAUCUAGGUAGAGGGUGGAGGGUAUUUGCGUUUUGUCCUGGUAUCACGCAGAGUGAAAUGACGAGGCGCAUCAAUGUGUAUGAUGGGGCGAAACCGACGAGUCGGGGUGCGGCGCCGUUGGUUGGGAUUGUUGAUGGGGAGAGGGAUGCGGAUGCGGGGAGGUUUUUGACGGCGGAUACGGAGAGUGGGGUGUAUAUGAGUGAAACUGCACUAUUAUAUGGCUAUUCGAUGGAAGAGCUACCAUAUGUCUUAUAG